GCGUUCUGUUUACAAUUUUGGUUACAUAACAUAGGCAGCAAGAGCGGUCUCGAUUCACGAUCUUAAAUUUCGCUCAUUAAUAUUCGAACAGUGAUCUCCGCUUUAGGUCAAAAUUUUUUGUUUUCCCGUCUAUCGUUCUGCACAGCUCGUUCGUCGAGUUGUUUUCCUUGACGAGAGAAUUUUUGCGAGCCGACUCUUGUUCACCAUGGCCAGUGGAACAAAGAAGUUGAAGCUUGACAGCUCAUCAAAAUCAAUCUCUGUUGGGGAUUUUGUCCAUCAAAUCAAAGAAGAAAGGAAAAAAGCUGGAAAGUCUGUGGUUGAUUUUAAGUACAACAAAAAAAGGGUUAAGAUUCUCUCAAAAGUCACGGAGGUGCCUGAAGAAUGUUCAGGCAUUGUGUAUUGGAUGUCCAGAGACCAAAGAGUUCAAGACAACUGGGCAAUGCUAUUUGCUCAGAAAUUGGCAAUCAAGAAUAAGCUUCCGUUGCAUGUCUGCUUUUGUCUUCUGCCCAAAUUUCUCGAUGCCACCAUCAGGCACUUCAAUUUUAUGCUGGAAGGGCUGCAGGAAGUACAGCAAGAUUGCUCCAAGUUGGAUAUUCAGUUCCACUUAUUGGAAGGUGAGGCAGCUACUGUUUUGCCUGCUUUCAUAACGAGCCAUGACAUUGGUGGGCUUGUCAUUGACUUCUCACCUUUGAGGACUCAUAGGCAGUGGGUCGAAGAUCUCAAGGAAAAGCUCCCUUCACAAGUACCACUUUGCCAGGUGGACGCUCACAACAUUGUCCCUUGCUGGGUUGCAUCUGACAAGCUUGAGUAUGGCGCAAGAACAAUUCGCAAAAAAAUCACGGAUAAACUGCCAGAAUUCCUUACAGAAUACCCUCCAGUCAUCAAUCAUGAGUACCCUGCACAGACCAAAGCAGAGCCAAUCGAUUGGGAAGCUUUGGAGAAAAAGUUGCAAGUGGACCGUACGGUGGGUCCCGUUUCCUGGGCCAAGCCUGGCGCAUCUGCAGGCCUUGCAAUGCUGAACGAGUUUUGCUCAAAGCGGCUCAAGUUGUUUGGCUCGAAGAGAAAUGAUCCCACUGUCAACGCCCUGAGCAACCUCUCUCCGUGGUUCCACUUUGGGCACUUGUCUGUCCAGCGAGCCAUCAGGGUGGUGCAGAAGUUCAAAGCAAGCCACUCGGAGAGCGUCGCUGCCUUUGUCGAGGAGGCUGUGGUGCGUCGAGAGCUAUCAGACAACUUUUGCUACUACAACCCAAAGUAUGACAGCAUCGAAGGCACCAACAACUGGGCCAAAGAGACCCUCAAUGUCCAUCGCAAGGACAAACGCGAGUACCUGUACACGCAGGAAGAGCUGGACACCUCAAAGACGCAUGAUGACCUGUGGAAUUCUGCACAGCUGCAGUUGGUGAAGGAGGGAAAGAUGCAUGGCUUCCUCCGAAUGUACUGGGCGAAGAAAAUCCUUGAGUGGACAGAGUCGCCCGAAGAGGCCCUUAAAAUUGCCAUCCACCUCAAUGACCGCUACAAUUUGGACGGAAGAGACCCCAAUGGCUAUGUUGGUUGUAUGUGGUCCAUUUGUGGCAUUCACGACCAAGGCUGGGGCGAGAGAGCCAUUUUUGGCAAAAUUCGCUUCAUGAACUACCAGGGGUGUAAGCGAAAGUUUGACGUCAAUGCUUUUGUUGCCAGAUAUGGUGGAAAGGCGCACCCUUACAAGAAAAAGAAGUAGGACAAUAUGAAAAACAAAAGUAAAUCUCAACAACUUCUAAGUUUUAAGAUCUAAGAAAUUCAAAGUGUUCAUCUCAUAAACUCAAAUUAUUUAUUUUUAUCAAAAAAGUUUGCAUUUAAAAAAUUCUAUACAUUUAAGUAAGAAGUUGCAAAUACUAAGUAAGCUUAUUCUAGUUGAUGUCAUUUUUCAAAUAAAAAACCCAAAAAGUUAUAAAAAAA